AUGUCGAAAUCGUUUGCUGCUGUGAAAAAUGACUUGUCUGUGGCUCGUGAAGGAGAUUACUCAUGGAAAUAUCUUACUAACACAUACUUUAACAAUAGUAAACAAUUGAAUAGUUCCAAAUCAACUAGUUCGAUACAAGAGAAUUAUUAUAAAAGUCUGCCGAGUGCGAUACCGAUUCGUAUGAAUCAAAUUUUGAAAGCACAAAAUACGAAUGCACCGUGGUUGUUGAACGCUUUGAAAAAGAAAUUUCAUCGUUCUCGAAAGGAGAAAAAAGAACGAAGUUUAUUGAAAGAGACUGAUUCGAAUAAAACUCGAACGAACAUUUCCGUAUCGUUCGCAGAAGAACUAUUAGAUAAACCAUUGAAUCAUGAUGGAACAAGUGGCAAAUGGAUAGUCAAUGAGAAGGAAAUCAUUCUUCCACUGAUGAACGAGUUUGAUCUAUCGCUUGUUGAACAAUUCAAUGUAUCUCGUGCUAUGUCUUCAUCGACAUCGCCAACUAUUGAUGAUUCCUUACACAUGCGUCAUUACCAAUACGAUUUUCAACCAUCGAACGCUUCAUCUGUUACGUUACAAACUGAUGAUCAACAAGCGCAUACGUCUUUGAUGAUAGUUGAAGAAACGAAACAAAAAGUAUCGAUUAAUGAAGAAUCUCCUGUCGAUUUCUCUUCGAUUGCAUCCGUAGUGAAAACAUACUAUACAACUAGUCAAGAACAAUUAGAAUUUUUACAUAAAAAAGACGUUACAAUAUCCGUUAAUUCGUUGACAGUUGAACCAAUUGACGAAACUCGUCCUUUAGCUUCUGGCGACUCUCCAGUACAAACAAGAUCUAAACGAGCUAAAUCAACGUCAGCAGUGCAAAGUGAUCGUCGUCAAUCGCGCAGUUUAACUGCAAACAAACGAGGAAAGAAGCGUUCAGAAUCAACAAAUAAAAAGAAGAACAAAUCCUAUCAAGAGCAUCUUUUAACGAAGGAGGAAAUUGAAUUACGUGAAGCCCUACGUAUUAUUGAUCUCGACAAUAUCGGAUUCUUUUCACCCAGUGAGCUGCGGAAAAUCUUGAAAGAAAUCGGGAUUAGUACAGCCGAUAUUUCCAAAAUCGAACGAUGUUUACCACUCGAUGACGAUGGUCAUUACUCUAUCGACAAUCUAAUUAAACUGCUUUUAGGUACUCAAUAA